GCCAACCCCAGCCAUUUCUUCCAACAUCAGCGCGAGCGCGUGCGUGUCUGUCACCGGGUGUACAAUAGAGAGGAGACAGCAGCAGCAACAGACAUGGACCCUUCCUUUGACAAUGAGGUUGACCAGCGCACGGACAGCUAUCGUGCUGCCAUGCAGCGCAAGCAAAAGUCCAGCUCAUCUGUGCUCAACUUGGGCGGCGUGACCCGUGGCUCAUCCAACACGGAUAUCGGCGUCACCCCAGUUCCUCCCUCUGCCUCUGCCUCUGCAUCCCAACAGCAGCAGCAUCAGUCAUCGUCUGCUGUUGUUGCGAACGGCAACACCAAUGGCGGUCUCAAGUCGUCGGGAGUCGCCGCCACCACCUUCUCAGCGACGAAGCCCACCUCCCCGAAACCAGCCGCCGCUGCGACCCCACCCGAGGAGAGCAAGUCGCAGGGAAAGAAGGGAAAGAAGCCAGACCUCAACGAGUUGAAGAAGGAACUGGUAAUGGACGAGCACCAGGUGCCCGUGGAGGAACUCAUGGCGCGCUUCAACUUGAAAGAUCUGGAGCAGGGCCUGACGGAGACCCGCGCAGCACAGACGCUCGCUGACGAGGGACCCAACGCCCUCACCCCGCCGCCAACGACGCCAGAGUGGGUCAAGUUCCUUCGCCAGAUGACCGGCGGGUUUGCCACGCUGUUGUGGAUCGGCGCCAUCCUGUGCUUCAUCGCAUAUGGUAUCCAGGUGUCGCAGGCCAAGCCUGGCGAAAAGGCCCCGGCAGACAACCUGUACCUUGGCAUCGUGCUUGCCGUCGUCGUCCUGAUCACGGGCUGCUUCUCCUACUUCCAAGAAGGCCGCGCUGCCAACGUGAUGAAAGGGUUUGCAAAGCUGCAGCCGCAGAAGAGCAAGGUCAGGCGUGAAGGAAAGGUCCGCAUUGUCGACGCGGUUGAGCUGGUGCGCGGUGACGUCGUCGAGAUCAAAUCUGGCGAUCGCAUUCCUGCAGACCUCCGCCUCAUUGAGACACAGGGACUCAAGGUCGACAACUCCUCUCUCACCGGUGAGGCCGAGCCACAGAAGCGCAGCAAAGAGUGCACAGACGCCAACCCACUGGAGACACAGAACAUCGCCUUCUACUCCACCAACGCCGUGGAGGGGUCUGGUGUUGGCAUUGUGAUUCGAUGCGGAGAUAACACCGUCCUCGGCCGCAUCGCCGGCCUCGCAAGCGGCGUCGAUGCUGGAGAAACCCCAAUUGCACGGGAGAUUCAUCACUUCACCAAGAUCAUCACCAUCGUCGCCAUGAUUGUUGGUGCGAUCUUCUUUGCCAUUUCGCUCGCCAUCGGCUACUUCUGGCUCGACGCCGUCAUCUUCCUCAUCGGUAUCAUUGUCGCUCAGGUGCCAGAGGGUCUGCUCGCCACGGUGACGGUGUGCCUGACGCUGACGGCAAAGAAGAUGGCGACGAAGAACUGCCUCGUGAAGAACCUGGAGGCUGUGGAGACGCUUGGCUCCACCUCCACCAUCUGCUCCGACAAGACCGGCACCCUGACGCAGAACAACAUGACGGUUGCACACAUUUGCUUUGAUCAAGAGAUUCGAGAGAUCAACACGGACCCGAAGGUGGAGAAGAAGAUGCAGUUUGACAUCAACGACUCCUACCUCGCCCUCUUUCGCGUCGCCGUCCUUUGCAACAAGGCCAACUUCCGCCCGCCAAACCCCGGCGAGGACUUCAGUGACGUGCCCAUCCUCCGGCGUGACACAAUUGGCGAUGCGUCUGAGUCCGCCAUCUUCAAGUACACGGAGCGUAACGCUGCACGCGUGCUGACAGAGACAAAGUCCGUCAAGGAUUCGCUCGUUGUUGGCGAGCGCUCCAAGUACCCAAAUGUGGCUGACAUUCCCUUCAACUCGAAGAACAAGUACCAGGUCUCUGUGCACGAGACACCAGACGACGACCCGCGCUACCUCCUCGUCAUGAAGGGUGCCCCCGAGCGCAUCAUCAACCGCUGUUCGCAUCUCUACCGCAACGGCGAGAUUGUCGACAUGACCGAGGCGGAUCGCAAGAAGUUUGAGGACAACAACACCGCCCUCGGCAAGCGUGGCGAGCGUGUGCUUGGCUUUGCCUGCCUCCGCCUCCCCGCCGACCAGUACCCUUCUGGUUACCAGUUUGAGACCCAGCCCGCCAACUUCCCACUCGAAGGUCUCGUGUACUGCGGUCUCUUUGCCAUGAUUGAUCCCCCUCGCCCCGCCGUCCCCAACGCCGUCGCAAAGUGCCGCUCUGCCGGUAUCAAGGUCAUCAUGGUGACGGGCGACCACCCCGUGACAGCGCAGGCGAUUGCGAAGCAAGUCGGCAUCAUCUACACGGAGAAAACUAUCGAUGAUCUUGCAGAGGAGCGCGGGGUGGACGCUUCGUCCAUUGACCUGUCGGAACCUGGUGCCAUCGUCGUCAAGGGCUCCACGCUGGCAGACAUGUCGGCAGAGGACCUUGACCACGUGCUCGCCAACCACACUGAGAUUGUGUUUGCCCGUACAUCUCCACAGCAGAAACUCAUCAUCGUCGAAGGCUGCCAGCGUGCUGGCCAGAUUGUUGCUGUGACGGGCGAUGGUGUGAACGACUCCCCUGCGCUGAAGAAGGCUGACAUUGGUGUUGCCAUGGGUAUCGCUGGCUCCGAUGUGUCCAAGCAGGCAGCAGACAUGAUUCUCCUUGACGACAACUUUGCGUCCAUUGUGACUGGCGUGGAGGAAGGGCGACUCAUCUUCGACAACCUUAAGAAGUCCAUUGCCUACACCCUCACAUCCAAACUGCCUGAGUUGACCCCGUUCCUCUUCUUCGUUCUCGCUUCCGCCCCGCUUCCCCUCGGCACCGUCACCAUUCUUUGCAUCGAUCUCGGAACAGAUAUGGUGCCCGCCAUUUCGCUGGCGUACGAGGGCCCGGAGUCCGACAUCAUGAUGCGACCACCGCGCAACCCAACCAAGGACCGCCUCGUCAACAUCCGGCUGCUGUGCAUGACGUACCUCCUCAUUGGCGCAGUCCAGACGGCAGCUGGCUUCUUCACAUACUGCACGCAGAUGAGCGAAUAUGGCUUCUUGAUGAACGACGUGUUUGGUCUUCGUGACGACUGGGACGACCGCAACUUCGAGGAAGUCACAGACAGCUACGGCCAGCAAUGGACGUAUGACCAGCGCAAGGACCUCGAGGCGACGUGCCAGACGGCGUUCUUCGUCUCCAUCGUCAUUGCGCAAUGGACCGAUCUGGUCAUCUGCAAGACGCGUCGUCUCUCCCUCAUGCAGCAGGGCAUGCGGAACGGCGUGCUGACGUUUGCGCUCUUUUUUGAGACGGCGCUCGCUGCUGUGCUGUCGUAUGCACCGGGCACCGACGUCGCACUGAACAUGCGCCCGCUGCUGUUCCGCCACUGGCUCACUCCGCUCCCCUUCUCCGUCUCAAUCCUCAUGUUUGAUGAGAUUCGCAAGUGGUUCAUUCGCAAGUACCCGACUGGAUUUGCCUUCCGCGAAACAUACUACUGA